AUGGCUCAAGGGAAAUUGAAGCUUAAGAGUAAAGCUCCAGCAAGAGUCACUAAAAAGCAAAAGAAUACCGCAAAGGCUGCAGCACCCAGAGUUUACAAGGCAAGAACCGUUCAAGCCAAACACGCUGAGAAAUUAACCAAGAUUCAAUCUGGUCAAUUGGUGUCGUCCACCGAGAAGCUUAUUGCCAGUAGAGUUGGUCAUUUGGAACUUAUCAAAGGAUCUAGAAGAGAAAUCGAAAGAAAGGACAAAGAAGCCAAGAAGAAAAUGGCCGCAAAGAAGUAG